AGCACACUUGAAAGACACUACCACCACCAAAAGCACUAGAGCUUAUGCCUUCUUCUAAACUGAGUCUGUUGUGCAUUGCUUUUGUUGUGAUCAUCAUGGCUGCAUCUGUUGAUCCUCUGGUUGUGGGAAGAGUGAUCGGAGAUGUGGUUGACAUGUUUGUUCCAUCAGUGAACAUGUCUGUUUACUUUGGUUCAAAGCAUGUCACCAACGGCUGUGACAUCAAGCCUUCCAUUUGUAUCAGCCCUCCAAAGGUCACUCUCACCGGCAACAUGGACAACCUCUACACCCUGGUUAUGACUGACCCUGAUGCACCAAGCCCCAGUGAGCCCAGUCUUCGCGAGUGGAUACACUGGAUCGUUGUUGACAUUCCUGGGGGAACAAACCCAAACCGAGGAAAAGAGGUGCUACCUUAUGUUGGGCCAAGACCCCCAGUGGGCAUUCACCGCUUCAUAUUUGUGUUGUUCAAGCAGAAGAGGCCACUAGGGCUUGUUGAGCAGCCACCAACCCGUGCAAGCUUCAACACCCGCUACUUCGCUCAGCAACUUGAGUUGGGCCUCCCUGUGGCGACUGUUUACUUCAACUCACAGAAAGAGCCUGCAACUAAGAAGCGUUGAACACUUCUCCCCCUCAAUGAAGAAUACAGUAGUUGCCAUAUACCUGCAAUUAAUCAACAUAUAACAUGUAACAUAUGGCAUGCUGCUUUAGUAUAAAUAAUGAGUAUGAGGGAGGUUGUGUCUUCGUGUAUAGUUUUAUCAAUUAUAUAUAAUAUAAAAUAAUAUAAAAUCCUAGCUAGUUGAGAGGACUAUUUAUGUCUUAUGUCUUCAUUCAUGCA